AUGGCCCGCCGGAAGAUCUCCUCGGAGUCCUUCAGCUCGCUGGGCUCGGACUAUCUGGAGACCAGCCCGGAGGAGGAGGGCGAAUGCCCCCUGUCCAGGCUCUGCUGGAACGGCAGCCGCAGCCCGCCCGGCCCGCUGGAUCCGCUCGCCGCCGCCGCCGCCAGGCGGGCUCCGCGCAGGAGACGGGUCAACCUGGACUCGCUCGGGGAGAGCAUCAGCCGCCUGACAGCUCCCACGCCUCAGACCAUACAGCAGACUCUCCAAAGGACACUGCGAUAUUAUGAGCAUCAAGUUAUUGGUUACAGGGAUGCAGAAAAGAACUUUCACAAUAUAUCAAACAGAUGCUCCUAUACAGACUGCUCUGGCAACGAUGAAGCUGAAGAUGUCUCAGGAAUUCUCCAGUGUACAGCUAAUAUACUCGGUUUGAAGUUAGAGGAGAUGCAAGAAAAAUUUGGGGAGGAAUUCUUCAAUAUCUGCUUUGAUGAGAAUGAAAGAGUUCUUCGUGCUGUAGGUGGCACAUUGCAGGACUUCUUCAAUGGCUUUGACGCUUUGCUGGAACACAUUAGAAUUUCAUUUGGAAGACAGGCCACUCUGGAAUCCCCUUCUUUCCUAUGCAAAGAGCUCCCCGAAGGCAACCUCAUGCUCCACUACUUUCACCCUCAUCAUAUUGUUGGAUUUGCAAUGCUGGGAAUGAUAAAGGCAGCAGCAAAGAAAAUCUACCAUUUGGAAGUGGAAGUGGAACAAAUCACAAAUGAUAAAUUGUACUCAGAGGGAUCGAACCCAGGUAAUUGCAGCUGUCUUACUUUUCUUAUCAAAGAACGUGAAAAUGCAAAUAUCACAAAAGCACUUCCACGUGGAUCAUCUCAGUCUCCCUCAGACCUGAGGAUAAACAUCAGCACCUUCUGUAGAGCUUUCCCCUUCCAUCUGAUGUUUGAUCCAAACAUGCUGGUUCUCCAGCUUGGGGAAGGUCUCAGGAAGCAGCUCAAAUGUGACACUCACAAAACGUUGAAAUUCCAGGACUGCUUUGAGAUAGUUUCUCCAAAGAUCAGCACCACAUUUGAACGCGUUCUCCUGAGAUUAUCAACACCAUUUGUGAUUCGGACCAAACUUGAGGCAUCAGGCUCUGAAAAUAAAGAUAAGGUGAUGGAAGUCAAAGGACAAAUGAUCUAUGUGCCCGAGUCAAAUUCUAUUUUGUUUUUGGGUUCCCCUUGCGUGGACAAGCUGGAUGAACUGAUGGGCCGAGGCCUACAUCUUUCUGAUAUACCUAUUCACGAUGCUACUCGUGACGUCAUACUGGUUGGGGAGCAGGCAAAGGCCCAAGAUGGCUUGAAGAAACGAAUGGAUAAACUGAAGGCAACAUUAGAGCGAACACACCAAGCUCUGGAAGAGGAGAAAAAGAAGACAGUGGAUCUUCUUAUUUCUAUUUUCCCAGGAGAUGUGGCACAACAGUUGUGGCAGGGGCAGCAAGUUCAGGCCCGGAAGUUUGAUGAUGUCACCAUGCUUUUCUCAGACAUUGUUGGCUUCACAGCUGUCUGUGCCCAGUGCACCCCUAUGCAGGUGAUCAGCAUGCUGAAUGAGCUGUACACUCGAUUUGACCAUCAGUGUGGAUUCCUGGAUAUCUAUAAGGUGGAAACAAUAGGUGAUGCAUAUUGUGUUGCAGCAGGGCUCCAUAGGAAGAGCCUUUGUCAUGCGAAACCCAUUGCUCUGAUGGCUCUGAAGAUGAUGGAACUUUCAGAAGAGGUACUUACACCAGACGGGAGACCUAUUAAGAUGAGGAUAGGAAUUCAUUCAGGAUCGGUUCUGGCUGGGGUUGUUGGUGUGAGAAUGCCACGUUACUGUCUCUUCGGAAAUAAUGUUACUCUUGCAAGCAAGUUUGAGUCAGGAAGCCAUCCACGUCGCAUCAAUGUCAGUCCAACCACAUACCAGCUUUUGAAAAAUGAAGAAAACUUUACUUUUAUUCCUCGGUCCCGUGAAGCGCUUCCAGAAAACUUUCCAAAGGAAAUCCCUGGGAUCUGUUACUUCCUAGAGGUCACAAGUGAUCAGAAGCAGCCAAAGCCCUCCAUUACGUCUGCCAGAGUGAAAAAAGUUUCCUACAACAUUGGCACCAUGUUUCUUCGGGAGACAAGCCUAUGAGACCUGCUGCAGAUCAAAAGACUCAUCAAAAAAGCACAAGCCCAAACUGGGUCAUGAGAGGAAAGUUGGAUAUUCUCUUUAUUUCACUGCUUUGUCCCAGAUAAGCAGUAAAAGCUCUAUGUAAUGUCAGGCAAUAAUUAUUUUAAAAGGUGGGUAACUGCUGUCAGUAAACAAACUGGGAAGAAGGAGAAAAAAAUGUAACAAAAUACUUCUAUUUCCAGAGGAAUGAUUGGUUGUAAAUUUCAAUUCGGUCCCUUUAGAAAAAACAAAAGCAAAUCCAAAAUGAAUCUUUGGGAUUGAUUUUUGUUUUAAACACAAGUUGGUGAUGGUUGUCUAUAGAUUUGCACCAGCUAAGCAGAAUUGAGCAUCAGUUCUGAUGAUGCAUUCCUACAUUAACGUGCCAUUCACCAAGGUAACAAUGUUUUUUAACUUUCUGAACAAACAUUUCAUACAUAUAUUGUAGAGUGCUGUAACCUUCCAGGCAGGAGGAAUAUAUAAAUCAGUACAAUAUUGUAGGAAUUUUACCUAUUUUUAUACAUAUUUCACUUUCUGGACAAUUACAUUCCAUAUACUGUAAAAUGAGUGAGCGUCUCAGAAUAAGCUGUUGUAUAUUUCAGAUACUCUCUCUAUCAAAUACUAUAAUUAUAAAAAUGGCAAGACUUUUUGACUUUUUGGCAGCAAAAAUAUUAAUAUUUUGAAAGAAAAAUAUUACAGAAAAAUACUUACAUGGCUUUUAUGGUUUAGAUGAACGCUAUCUUGCAUAAGUAAUAUAAAAAGAUGCUCAGUAUUUGUCCUACUAGCAGCAUGUGUGCAGUCUUUCCAAAACAAUGCAAACCAAGUCAUAAAGAUUAAUGUAUUGAUGAGUAAAGUUCUGUUGCAUACCGUGGGCCAUAUCUCAUACUAUCAAUUUAAUAUAGAAGUCUUUAUGAUGGCAUGUUAUAGCCUAUUGAGAGCAGAAUCCAGUAGAUAUGAGAAGCACUUUUGGAUGAGAUUUUCAAAGCAGCUCAGUCACAGGAAUAUAAGUUCCACUGAUUUUUAAUGGGACUUGUAUUCUUAGAUGGCUAAGGAGCUUUUGAAAAUUGCAUCCAUUAUUAGCAAUAUUAAGCAGGAAGUUUCAUUUGCUUUGGCUUGGCUGAAAUGUUUCUUUUUCUAAUGCAGAAGAGACUAAAAUAUGUGUACAAUUUUUAAAAUAAAAUAUGCUUAUCUAUUGUUUCAUGCAAAUGAUUGAUUAAAAUAUAGAUUAAUCCAAGUCUCAAAAAUUAAAGAGCCAGAUCCAAUCUUUUGAAAAUUGGUGCAACUCUGUUGACUUCAGCUGAGCUGUGCCCAUUUUCAUCAGGAGAGGUUGUGGCCACAAAUGGACAUGUUUUUAGAUAGACUUUAUUCUUUCUGGGUAUGUCUACACUACCCCG